AAAAAAGGGAUCUCUUUGAUGGGGCGCGCGGUGCGGUUUGGAAAAUGCUCCGCCGUCGGCGUGUGAGCGCCCCGCGGAAGCAGCCGGGAUCGGAGUCGCUGUCGUCGGCGCGCGUCUCCCGCUGCUGCCGCCGCCGGAGCGGCAGCGGCAGCGGUAGCCAGUGAGUAGCCAGCGAGCAGGCGGCGAUGGCUCGUCCCGCGGCGGCGGCGGCGGUCGAGCUCGGGCGGCCGCGUCGCUGGAGCGGCGCCAACGGUGGCUGGCUGCGCAUCACGCUGCUCUCCUUCCUCGCCACUUUGCCCGUGGAGCAACUGCGCGCCUUCCCGUCUUCCCUCAGCGACUGCCAGACGCCCACCGGCUGGAACUGCUCGGGUUUUGAUGAGCGAGACACGGACCUGUUUUUGUGCGACACCAACACGUGCAAGUUUGACGCCGAGUGCCUACGAAUUGGAAACAUGGUGACUUGCAUUUGCGACUUCAAGUGCAACAAUGACUAUGCUCCAGUUUGCGGCUCCAACAAUCAAAACUACCAGAAUGAGUGUUAUCUGCGAAGAGACGCCUGCAAGCAGCAGUCUGAAGUACUCAUUCUGUCGGAGGGUGCUUGUCCCGUGGAUGCCGGUUCGGGAUCAGGAGAUGACGGAGCAGAGGGCUCAGCCGAAGCGGGUCAGAAGGAAACAUCCACCUGCGACAUUUGCCAGUUUGGGGCCGAGUGCGACGUGGACGCCGAGGAUGUUUGGUGCGUGUGCAACAUCGACUGUUCCCACAUCAGCUUCAAUCCAGUGUGUGCCUCGGAUGGCCGUUCCUAUGACAACCCCUGCCAGGUGAAGGAGGCCUCCUGUCAGAAGCAGGAACGCAUCGAGGUCAAGCACCUGGGCCACUGCCAAGAUGGGAACAAAGGCGGAGACGGACAUUUCGCGCCCACCGACAUCACCGGAAACGGACAGGCAGAUGGCCUGUACACCCCGUGUCCGGAUCUCUACAAGAACUAUUGCGUUCAUGGGGAGUGUCAGUUCCCCAGUAUACCUGCCCAGCCCUCAUGCAGUUGCCACUCAGGUUUCAGCGGACCCCAGUGCGACACCAAAGAGUACAACGUGCUCUACGUGGUCCCGGGCUCUGGCAAACUGCACUACGUUCUCAUCGCCUCCAUCAUCGGAGCCCUGCAGGUGGUCAUCAUCUGUGUGGUGGUGCUCUGCAUUACGAGGAAGUGCCCUCGCUCCAACAGGAUCAACCGGCAGAAGCAAAACAAUGUCCACUUCAGCUCCGAGAACACCAUGCGCGCCUCCACUCGACUUAUCUGAGCCUGUCGGACUGAAUGGCCGUCCGCUUUACGGAAGGCUUGUCUUAUUAAAUGUGCCCCCCCGACCGUCCACACACACUUUUUAGAGCAACCCCCCCCACCCCC